GGGCAAGGGUCGUCCUUGUUGUGUAAGGUGGCGUGGGUUCGUCGUACAAACUAUAACUAGUGGAGCUACACUCUUCCCGUCCAAGCAACGGUGAUACUCGGGAAUUUGUGCAGCUCUAACCGGAACCCCAUCGUAAAUUUCCACUGUGCUCAGCUGGGCCGUUUGAUGGAGUCAUCUUUUCUAGUGAGCUCAAUUUCUUCAACAUUUUCACCUAUUUUUUCUGCACACACGCCGAAACCCUUGUUUGCCAAAGCAGCGCGUCCGCCGUUUCUCACGUACGCCUCGCAGCACAUGAACGCGCCACCGUCCAUGGCGGCGGAAAAGGGAAAACAAAAGGAAGCUAAGCUUUGGGGUGGGCGGUUCGAGGAGAGUGUGACUGCCGCCGUUGAGAAGUUCACGGAGUCGAUUUCUUUUGACAAAGCUCUUUACAAGCAGGAUAUCAUGGGCAGCCGAGCUCAUGCGUCUAUGCUUGCAGCCCAGGGAUUGAUUAGCGAAGAUGACAGGGAUUCAAUUCUUAACGGUUUAGUUGAGAUAGAGAAGCAAAUUGAAGCAGGCAAGUUCAUCUGGAGGACUGACAGAGAGGAUGUGCACAUGAAUAUUGAAGCAGCACUUACUGAUUUAAUUGGUGAAUCUGCAAAAAAGCUUCAUACUGCUAGAAGUCGAAAUGAUCAAGUUUUAACUGACUUCCGUUUAUGGUGCCGUGAUGCUAUUGAUAGAAUCAUUUUGCGUAUCAGAGAUCUUCAGGUUGCUUUGAUCAAACUAGCCAUAAUGAACAAGGGUCUGAUCGUUCCUGGAUAUACCCAUUUGCAAAGAGCGCAACCAGUACUGCUGCAACAUCUUCUAUUAGCAUAUGUAGAGCAGCUUGAACGUGAUGCCGGCCGCUUAGUGGAUUGUAGAGGGAGGAUGAACUAUUGUCCUCUAGGAGCAUGUGCCUUAGCUGGUACUGGUCUUCCCAUUGACCGCUUCAUGACCUCUGAUGCAUUGGGAUUCACUGCACCCAUGAGGAACAGUAUUGAUGCUGUUUCAGAUCGUGAUUUUGUUAUGGAACUUCUGUCUGCAAAUUCCAUCACUGCCAUUCAUCUCUCUCGCCUUGGUGAAGAAUGGGUAUUGUGGGCUUCAGAGGAAUUCGGCUUUGUCACACCAAGUGACUCAGUUUCUACUGGGAGCAGUAUUAUGCCUCAGAAGAAGAACCCAGAUCCUAUGGAACUUGUUCGCGGCAAGUCUGCAAGAGUUGUAGGUGACCUCGUUUCUCUUCUUGUUCUGUGCAAGGGACUCCCACAGGCAUAUAACCGAGAUUUACAGGAGGACAAGGAACCUGUAUUUGAUAGUGUGCAGACCAUACUGGGAAUGCUUGAAGUGUCUGCAGAGUUUGCUCAGAAUAUUACUUUUAAUCAUGAACGCAUACAAAAGACUUUACCAGCUGGCCAUCUUGAUGCCACUACCCUAGCAGAUUACCUCGUGAAAAAGGGAAUUCCUUUCAGGACAUCACACGACAUAGUUGGGAGGGCUGUUGCAUUGUGUGUUUCUAAAAAAUGCCAGCUUCUGGAUCUUAGUCUUGAUGAGCUAAACAGCAUUAGCCCGGUGUUUGACAGGGAAGUAUAUGAGUUUCUAGGAGUUGUGAAUGCAAUUAAGAAGUUCAGUUCUUACGGCUCUACUGGUUCUGAAUGUGUUUCUAGUCAACUCGAAUACUGGAUGGCCAAACUUGAAAUUCAAUAAGGUCCAGCGGUAAAUAAACACUCCAGAAAAAUGAUGUUUCAAAUCCAAGUUUUCCCAGACCCUUUUUUUCUUGUUUUCAGAUGCUACAUUUUAUGCUAGUGUGUGUCUGUUUGGUGCAAGCUUGGAGUUGAACAUUGGGUGAAGGAUUCAUUGCUCAUACUCUAUAUAUCCUUGGCUUUUAGCGCACAGACAAUCCCAGGAUCCUAUGGGAAAAAGGAUUUUGCGAGUCAGUUGAAUUUUCACGAGCUGGGCCUCUGUUCUUUGUAAAAUUGCACUACCUAUAAUGUCAUGUUAAAUCGUUUGCUGACACACUGCCAUUUUGUAACUAGUGGUGGAUACGGGCACGGGCCGGGCUUGGGUUUGGACAUCACACUAUUAUUUGCGGAGUACAAAAGAUUGAUAUGUCCACGCUUGGCUUGGCCCGGUCCGCCCAAUAAAACGGCAUCUUAUUUUCCCCAAGCUUGUCCACUAAAAAAAGUUGGUGCUCAUAGUCUCUAUAUACUCCAUAUCAUAUGUGUGUUUUUCUGUAUUGAUGUUUAUUAUUGUAUUGCUGAUAAGAGGUCUUUUACUUCUAAGCUGCAUAAAAAUAAGCAGUAAAGUGAUUC